GGAAAAGAGGAGAUGCAACGAGACCUGGGUGUCAUGGUACACCAGUCAUUGAAAGUAGGCAUGCAGGUGCAGCAGGCAGUGAAGAAAGCGAAUGGUAUGUUAGCAUUCAUAGCAAAAGGGUUUGAGUAUAGGAGCAGGGAGGUUCUACUGCAGUUGUACAGGGUCUUGGUGAGACCACACCUGGAGUAUUGCGUACAGUUUUGGUCUCCAAAUCUGAGGAAGGACAUUAUUGCCAUAGAGGGAGUGCAGAGACGGUUCAACAGACUGAUUCCUGGGAUGGCAGGACUGUCUUAUGAAGAAAGACUGGAUAGACUCGGCUUGUACACGCUAGAAUUUAGGAGAUUGAGGGGGGAUCUUAUAGAAACUUACAAAAUUCUUAAGGGGUUGGACAGGCUAGAUGCAGGAAGAUUAUUCCCGAUGUUGGGGAAGUCCAGAACUAGGGGUCACAGUUUAAGGAUAAGAGGGAAGUCUUUUAGGACCGAGAUGAGAAAAUCAUUUUUUACACAGAGAGUGGUGAAUCUGUGGAAUUCUCUGCCACAGAAGGUAGUUGAGGCCAGUUAAUUGGAUAUAUUUAAGAGGGAGUUAGAUGUGGCCCUUGUGGCUAAAGGGAUCAGGGGGUAUGGAGAGAAGGCAGGUACGGGAUACUGAGUUGGAUGAUCAGCCAUGAUCAUAUUGAAUGGCAGUGCAGGCUCAAAGGGGCGAAUGGCCUACUCCUGCACCUAAUUUCUGUGUCUUCUAUGAAACCCUUUCGCUGAAUUUCUCCAGCACUUUUGUCUACCCUGGGGGUGAUCCACAACCCAGAGCCGCCGCCCCCGCCGCCACCCACGUCAGGCUCAGAGACCAGAGACUUGGCACAUGACCAUCGGCGCCACUCAUCAGUCCGGCAAACGCUGCAAAGUCGCGCCAUGAUGCCCCACCUGUGACCCGGUGAAGCUUCAAUUCCACGGGCAAGGGCAGCGAAGAUUUGAGUUGAAACAUUCCCCGCUCGUCCAUUCACAUAAAAUGUUCCCUUUCCAUUAUAUGGACCAGUGGUUUGCCAAAAGAUGCGUGUUUCCCAGCCGGGAUGGAUGGAGACUGAGGCAAGCAUGAGGCAGCGUCUGCCGCUGCUGAAAAUAACGCUACUGGUGUGGAGUUUGAUGUCGAGUUCACUUCAGAUGGGGUCCCUAUUCUGAUGCACGAUAGCACUGUGGACCGCACAACGGACGGUACCGGCUCUCUAGAUCACUUGACCUUCGAAGAUGUCCGGAAACUGGACCCAGCAGCAAAGCACAGACUACACAAGAAGUAUCUGGGUGAGAAGAUCCCAACACUGAGGGAAGCUCUUGUAGAAGUUCUCAAAACCAACAUGACAAUUUACUUUGAUGUCAAAGGUCACGCAGCUCAGGCUUCUUCUGCCUUGAAAGAGAUGUACAAAGAGUUUCCUGAAUUGUACAACAGGAGCAUUGUGUGCUCCUUUGAGCCAAUGGUCAUUUUCAAGAUGAGGCAAGCUGACCAGAAUGUGAUCACAGCCCUGACCCAUCGACCCUGGAGUUUGAGUUUCCAUGGGAACGGGAAACCCAAAUUCGAUGGCUACAAACAAUACGUGUACAUGUUCCUGGACGUGGUUCUAGACUGGUCACACCACGCCUUCUUGUGGAAACUGCUUGGAGUUUCUGCGUUUUUAAUGCAAAAGAAUUUCAUAUCAUUAGACUACGCUCGGUUUUGGGCUGAGAGAGGAGUUGAUGUGGUUGCUUGGACAGUUAAUUAUGCAGAUGAAAAACUAUACUAUGAAAAUAUCCUCCAGUGUCAUUACAUUACAGACACCCUUAUUGAAACUUGUUCACCUCCCUGAAAUUGUGGUGUACAAUUGGCCCAAUUGUACCAAGGUUUAAACAGGUUAUUAGUCUCUUUAUUUGUAUUUUGAUAAUGAAAAAGCUGACGAGUUUGAUAAAAAAUCUUCAAUAAUUUGUUAAUGCUGUCAAUUGAAGACAAUGUCAGCGUUAAAUAAUGGCAGCAAAACACUUAACUUCUAUGUCUUUCAACUUUUGUUUAUCAUUCCAUCGGGGAUUAAAUGGCAUUUGAGGUAAAUUGCGUGGGUAAAGGGAUUUUGAUUCAGUGCACAUAGAUUUUAUGGAGAAUUCCUUCUCUGAUCUUCUCUCACUGGAUGCCAUUUGGGUAAUCAGUUUUAGCUAGGCAGAUGAUUGAUAGUGAGCAAGAAACUGUGGAGUUAAAGUACUCCCUGUAUUCUCUCUCACCAAACCGAGGCCAGCAAAUACAUUUUUAUACAGCUGCUCAGCAUCCAAGGGGGAUUAAAAUCUACCGUUCAUUUGUUGUUUUUUUAUCGUUUUGCACAUUAUUGAUAUUCAAUAUUUCUUUAAAACAAUUGUUUUAAUAUACUUAAAAUAGUUAAUGAUCAAAGGAGUGAAAGGAAUACUUGCACUAUUUCCAAAUGAAU